CGUUAUAACUUCUGUAUCAUGAGACGACGUCGUACAGGAUAAAAGCGUAAGUCUGCGGUGUAACCACAGAGUCCAUAGAACGUUGUGCAUCUGAACGUAUCCUUGGAAUAUAAAGUGCUAAAUCAAUUACCCUUAUUCACAUCGAAAACAUGGUAAAGGCACGUAAAUAUGUCGUCAAAAAAUACUUCGAAGGAGUUCCAAAAAAAUCUGAUUUUGAUAUAGUGGAAUACGAACUACCUCCCCUGAAAGACGGCGAAAUUUUACUCAAGACUGAAUGGGUCAGUGUGGAUCCUUACUUGCGAUCUUAUAACAGGAAAAUGCCAGUGCCAUACGACCAAUUUAGUUAUCAAGUUGGAAUAGUAGAAGAGUCCAAGCAUCCGACUUAUCCAGUUGGUACCAGAGUUGUAACACAUAAUGGUUGGUGUGAUUAUUCUGUAGUUGAUGUCGCUAAAAUUACAGCCUAUACAGCAGAUUCAGAUUCAUUAGAAGUCUUGUAUAAGCUACCAGAAUUAAAAGGCCUUUCACCAUCACUAGGUAUAGGUGCAGCUGGAAUGCCUGGGAUCGCAGCAUAUUAUGGAUUUUUGGAAAUUUGCCAGCCUAAAGCAGGUGAAACUGUGGUUGUCACUGGAGCAGCAGGUGCCGUAGGUUCUGUUGUAGGGCAAAUUGCUAAAAUCAAAGGUUGUAAGGUCAUCGGUUUUGCCGGUUCUGACGAUAAAGUGAAAUGGGUGGAAGAGGAACUUGGUUUCGACAAAGCAUUUAAUUAUAAAACCGUCGAUGUACAAUCAGUUCUCAAAAAUGCUGCACCUAAAGGAGUGGAUUGUUACUUUGAUACUGUUGGUGGAGAAAUAAGCAGUUUAAUAAUCACUCAAAUGAAUAAAUUCGGAAGAGUCUCUGUAUGUGGUUACAUUAGUGCAUAUAAUGAAGAUCAUAAGAAAACACCUACAGCACCAAUUUUGCAACCAUCAAUUCUUUUUAAAGAACUUAAAAUUGAAGGAUUUAUAGUAACUCGUUGGGCCAGUCGCUGGCAAGGGGCCAUUGCUCAGUUAAUUACGUGGAUAAAUCAUGGACAAUUAAAACCAAAGGAGCAUGUGACAGUUGGAUUUGACAGGCUUUACGAUGCAUUUGUUGGUAUGAUGGCUGGAGAAAACAAAGGAAAAGCUGUUGUUAAAAUUUAAAAUGAAGGUACCAAGUUUAUGUUGUAAGAAAAAUAUCUUCUGUUCAUUUGCGGAAUUCUUUAUGCAUAAAUAUAAGGCGUGCACAAUCACUAGACACUUUUAAAUUUGCUGAAACUCAUAAGUCACGUUAUUAGCUUAUAAAUUCAUUUACUGCAAAUGUAUAUUAUUGUCAAUGACUUUGGCCGUAUCUUCCUCUCUUCUGUUGUGUACUCGUAUAUAUUUGUAUUUUUACAUAUUUUAUAUAUAAUAUUUAUAUAAAUGUCUAUAACGAUAUUUAUAAUUAGCGAUAAGGCCGGCUUUUAUACAUGUUUACAUUUUCCUUUCGAUGUAAAAUUUUCCUCUGUUAAUCUACAAUAAAGAGUAUUUGUAUUUGA